AUGGAAUUCAAGUUUUUAUAUGAUGGAAACAUUUUUAAUGUAAUCAUUGCUCUUCAUAAUGACAAAAAUGGUUUGCAGAUUAAACCUGAACAACGGACAAGACUUGGAAAUUUGGAUAUGACCACAGACAAAUGGGCAUUGCUUGAAACAAUUCAAAAUGUUUUAAAAUUAUUUUAUGGAGCAACUAAAAUUGUAUCCGGUAGAGAAUAUGCUACAAUUGGAGCUGCUUAUUAUACAAUCAAUGUUAUAAAAGAAUGUCUUACAGAUCAUCAUACAGACGAGCAUCAAUUAAAUGCAUUGAAAAAAUCUUUGACUCGAAGUGAACGUUCACUAGCAGAACGCGAAAUACGUCGUUUAAUAAAUGAUAUAUGUGACGGGGCUAAUAAAGAGAACAACAGAAACAUAAUUUCACCAAAUUCGUCGACUACCACUCGCUCACCACCAUCGGAACAGCAUCGAAAAACAGCUAUAAACUGUAAAAGAUCUGUUUUUCGAGAAUUUCUAGCUGCAGCCGGUACAACAACUUUACAAAAUUCGAGAAAGCCUACAGCAUCAUCAUCAAUAGAUAAUGAAUUGCAAAUAUAUCGUUCAGCAGCAAUGUUGGAAAGUACCUGUGUUCUUGAUCAUGAAAAAUCUCAGGAUAUAUUAAAAUUUUGGCUAACAAAUAGUUAUCAAUUACCUCUACUCGUUCAAUUAGCCAAACAAUUUUUGUCUGCUCCUGCGACAUCUGUUCCGAGUGAAAGUUGUUUUAGUAUUGCUAGCUAUUUACAUCGAAAACAACGUGCACGGUUAACUCCAACAAAUCUCAGCUACUCUAUGUUUCUCAAAGACAAGUUUGG